CACUUCAUAGUAAUAUGCAUACCUAACCCAACCCCUAACCUAACUACUACUGUUCCUAUCACAUGUCAAGGUAGAUGCCCAAAAAAAAAGGAAAAAAAACCACAUGCGAAUUUAGAGAUCUAGGUGGUCCAUUGCUAUGCUAAGUUGGGCUGUGCGGGCCAAAAUCAAUGCGUCCGGACAGGGGCUUCCUGUUGCUACUUGGGCAGCUUAUGACGUAUAUUUCCAACUUCGUCCGCUCUUUUUCUACCCUUGACAAGCUGAGAGAGACGGAUGGCCUAACCAAGCUAACUAACCUAGCUUCUUCUUCUUCUUUUCCCAUCCGAUGUUUUGAAACAUGCGAAGCUAACAACGGCCAUACACACGGCAUUUGGUCCAUACCGCAAAAUACCCUCCACCUAUACUAUAGCUACUACUACUACAAGACGAAAAUACAUACCUACACUACGCUGUUGUUUUUAUUGGCUCUCUGACAGGGAACAUUUCGGCAUAUGAAUAGGACGGGAGGCGGUCUGCACCUGAUGGGAUCUCGAGCAAAAUCUACCUACCUAAGGUAAUGUAUGUAAAUCCGCACGCCAGAAACUUCUGCAGCGGAAGAUCGUCA